AUGUCGCGGCCAAUCUCGCCACCCCGCAUUCGCACCGAGCACGAACCCGGAACCGAAACGCACAUUGAAAAGACACGCGAAAGUGAAAGUCCGCGCCGCUCGACGGAUGGCAAUAGCUCUAAUGAUGGAUUGGAAGACGAGAAUAAGCAAUAUGAAGAGGAUGGAACUUUUGCGCCGAUUGCGUGCCCUACGACGCACGAGGAGCGCGGGACGCUACAAAAGAUGAGGUCCAAUGCGUCGCGGUCGUUGGAGCGGAGUUGGUCGUUGAAUGAUGGGGUCAGUAUUGGCGGGGAGAAAUUUGAGGAGAGCGCUGAGGAUGGAGGGGAUAAUGGGUUUGUUGUUGGGUGGGAGGAAGGGGAUGUGAUGUAUCCGAGGAAUAUGAGUAAGGCGCGGAAGUGGUUGAUUGUCAUCAUUGUAUCGAUGGGGUCACUUUGUGUGACCUGUACGUCAUCGAUGUACACCACGACGUAUACUCAGUUGAUGAAAGAGUUUGGGUGCUCACAGGAGGUCACGACUUUGGGAUUGUCCUUUUUUAUCUGGGGCCUUGGAGUGGGUCCGCUUUUCCUGAGUCCUUUAUCUGAGUUCUAUGGCCGGAGAAACAUCUAUAUCGUCUCAUUCUCUCUGUUUCUGAUAUGGCUCAUUCCCUGCGCGGUUGCAAAGAACAUCCAGACUAUGAUCGUUUGUCGUUUCUUCAAUGGAUUGUCAGGAAGUGCUUUCCUCAGUGUUGCUGGUGGCACUGUGGGCGAUCUGUUUGAUCGACAUGAGCUCGCUUUCCCCAUGAUGCUUUAUACGGCAAGUCCGUUUGUUGGACCUGAACUUGGACCUCUUAUCGGUGGAUUUAUCAACACGUUCACAACAUGGCGGUGGACAUUCUAUGUCCUUCUCAUUUGGACUGGCGUUCUGCUCGUCUCGAUCGUGCUUCUCGUUCCGGAGACCUACCAUCCCGUGCUAUUGAGGCGGAAAGCGCAAAAGCUCCGCAAGGAAACCGGAGAUGACCGAUGGAUCGCCCCCAUCGAAAAGAUGAAUCGAUCAGUAGCGCAGACCGUUCUGCGAUCUAUGUACCGCCCAAUUCAACUCUUGGUCCUGGAGCCUAUGUGCCUGAACUUGUGUAUCUUUUCAGCCAUCCUACUGGGUAUUCUCUACCUCUUUUUCGGAGCCUUUCAAUUGGUUUUUGAAAGCGUAUACGGCUUUUCAUUAUGGCAACGAGGCCUCUGUUUUCUGGGUCUCUUUGUCGGCAUGGUUCUCGCGAUCAUCUCGGAUCCCUUUUGGCGGCGAAAUUAUGCGCGUCUGGAGCAAAAUUACCAGAAGGCCACUAAUAAUCUCGAUGAGUUUCAGCCGGAGUGGCGUCUGCCUCCAGCCAUCCUGGGCGGACCCUUGGUCACCAUUGGGCUGUUCAUCUUCGCUUGGACAAUUUACCCUGACGUGCACUGGAUCGCUCCCAUCAUUGGUAGUGCUGUGUUUGGCGCAGGGACUAUCCUGGUCUACUCUGGGAUCUUCACCUUUCUCGUCGAUGCCUAUCCUACCUUCGCAGCCAGCGCUCUAGCAGCGAACAGCUUCACCCGGUCAGCAUUUGGAGGCAUAUUUCCCCUGUUUGGGAUUCAAAUGUACAAUAACCUGGGCUACCAUUGGGCGACUUCGCUGCUGGCUUUCCUGACCCUGGCAAUGGCCCCUUUCCCGUACAUUUUCUUCAAAUACGGAGCUCGUAUUCGCAAGAAAAGUCGUUUUGCGACCCAGCAGAUGUGA